AUGGCAGUUCUUAGGUACAGAAGAUUGCAUGAAAUAGAUUACUGCUCUCUUUUUUAUAGCUUGAAGAAUUUUGAAGAUGCAUAUGUGAUCCCUGUUGAACCUCUCCUAUGCAAGAGUACAUGGGAUAUAUCAAGUUAUGUUUCAGAGCCUAAAUUGAUGUCGCCUGGUUCAAAGAGAACGGUAGAAAGACCGCAUCUUAAACGCUGGAAGGGAUUUGCUGAUGUGAAAUUCAAAAGGUCUAAAGUUACUUCCAGUAGAUGUCGUCAAGUGGGCCACAACAGGAAGACAUGUUCAAAUUACCCUGCGCCAAAAAAAUGA